CCUGCAUCAUCAGCCGAAAAAGCUUGGGAGAAGCUGUCCCAGGUCGCUGUGCAUGGUGCUGUAUACGACUCCCGUGAACGUCUGCCCCAUCCGAAAUGUCUGAAAGAUACCCGAACGACCCUUCUCAAGCACAUUUACGAGUUUUUAGACAACCCAGAGAAUAACCAACUCGUUUGGCUGCAUGGCACGGCGGGCGUAGGAAAGUCUGCUGUCGCAUUCACCGUAGCUGAAAGGAUGAGAGGUCUGAAAGCAUCAGAGGUGACGACUGUAGAAAAACGGCUGGCAGGAACGUUCUUUUUCUCGCGCACGAACACGAAUCGCCGCACGACUGGAUAUUUCUUCGCGACCCUCGCCUAUCAGCUUGCCAGGAAUUUCCCCUCCGUUCGGAGUGACGUAUCCAAAGCUAUCAUUGAAAAUUCCGCCGUUCUAGAGCCCAACAGUUCUGUUCGCGACCAGAUGGAGGCGUUAUUUCUCCGACCUCUCCGGAAGCUUCACCAAAGACAACAGAAUUGUCCGCCGUUGUCGUUCGUCAUUGAUGCCCUCGAUGAAUGCACCUCCGAAGCGGAGCUCGUUGAACUGAUCACACUGCUUGGCCAAGCUCUUCGUGAGCCUGAUCUGCCAAAGCUUCACAUUCUGCUCACCAGUUGCUCGGAAGCGCAUGUCCGUCGAGCCAUGGAGGAUGAAGAGGUGCAUCAGCUGGUGUGCGAGAUACCAGUGAAAACUUCUGGGGACGGUGUCCCUGACAUCAUCUCCUUAGACGGCGCAGACGUGGAUAAUGAUAUCUAUGUUUUCUUCAACCAUUCCUUCACACACUUGCGAGAUCAUCAUCGCGAUUUCCCACAGCCAACGCGGGAUCAACUAGUGAAAUUAGCGACCCGAGCAGGCAGACGUUUCAUCGUGGCGUCUACGAUGAUGAAGUUUAUCGACGAUGGACACAAUGAUCCCCGAGAUCGGCUUCAGAUCAUGCUUGACCUGACGAGCCAGCUGCUACCCGGCACAGAGGUAUACAGAUUGUACGACCGCAUCCUCUCAACAUGCGCUGACCCUAAUCGGGCUUACAUGCACUUGACCGUUGUCGCCACCCUUGCAGACCCUCUUCCGGCGUCACAAAUAUCGAAACUUCUUGGCCCUGGUGAGGGAAACGAUGUCGAGACAACGCUUGUGCAGCUACGGUCCAUCAUGGAUAUUCCUACCGACAGCAGUCUUCCCGUGAAUAUCUAUCACUCGUCCGUUCGUGAUUAUGUUUCCAACCCCUCGAAUUGCAGCCUUCCUAACCUACAAUAUAUCGCGCCCCACUCCAUCCUCGCUUAUUCCUCGUUACGCUUGAUGAUAGACGAGAUA